AUGCUGAUUUUGGUGAUACAAGGGCUGAACGGUGUUGCUGCUGGCAUUGUGGUGGUAUAUGAUUGGGUCUCAACACUCGGACAAGAGGUGCGCUAUCAUGUGCUAUGCAAUAAAUGGGACAAUUGUUACCUUGAGUGCCAUGUUGGGCGAAAGAUGCUCAUGCUCCUUGUUAUUAUCUUCCUGGCUGUAAACAUCGCUUGCGGAGUAAUGGCGGCAAUAGGCCUCAAAGAUACUGUACCGGAGGAGUUCAUACUCUCUGGCACGUAUAUGCGCGGUUAUGCAUAUGGAGGGGACGAGCAGCUUCUGAACUCCAUGGUUUGGAUGCUCAACACUGUUUGGGAGGUCCUCGCGCUGUGCCUUUCAGUCUGGGUUGCUGUGAAACACUUCUGUGAGCUGCGACGACUCGGCCCAUCGACAGAAUCGACCAUUGUGGACUGUUUUAGAGUGCUGGUACAAUCUCACGUUCUUUACUUUGCAAGUUCCGUACAUGUUAGCUUUGUUGGUCUCUCUUGCCUCCAGCUUGCUCAUCUCUCUCCCGAAAUCGUGAAUUCAAUUCCUAUUACCGCUCAGAUACUCGGUGGUGCUCUUGAAUCGAGUACGAUUUGA